AUGGUAAAAGUUUCACAAUUUUUCCUCGAUUUUGUUAUGGAAGAGUUGCAAAACAAUGAAAGUUUAAACUCAAGCAAAAAUAUGUCUGGUGACAGCAAAAUCAGUGAUGAGCAGAUUUUCGACAAUAAGGAUAAAUUGCUUACUUGGGUACGUGAUAUUGGAAAGAUUAAUGGCUUUGUUAUUAUUAUUAGAACAUCAGACUAUGGUGGCGGUCGCAAGAGACCAAGAAUUUAUCUUGAUUGUGAGCGGAGUGGCAAGUAUAGAUCGCAUAACAAGUUGAAAGAUGGUUCAGAAAACUUGUUGAGACAAACUGAUACGAAGAAGUGCAAAUGUCCAUUUGAUUUGAGGGCAUACAAGUUGAAAACAAACGAUGAAUGGACAUUGAAUGUAGUUUGUGGACUCCAUGAUCAUCCAAUUGUGGAGCAUCUACAAAGACAUUCAUAUGUAGGGAGAUUGUCAGCUAAUGAGAAGUCACUAUUAGUAGAUAUGUCAAAGAGCCUGAUAUGA